CAAGAACAGCAAGAGAAGAAACCGCAACCGGACACGUAAACAUAGAGUUCUACGUCUAAUCUUUGUAUUCCAUCGAAUAACACCUUUGGUUCUCAGAUUCCUAAGAAUCUCAGCUGACAGGGUUUAAAAUCUGUUGUAAAAAAAAAAACCUAUAUCAACGUCUAAUGGCAUGUUCAAAGUGUGGCCUAACAUGCCAAGCCACACUCCCAUCUUCCACUACUAAAAAUUUCCCAAACUUCAUCUUCCACUACUAAAAAUUUCCCAAACUUUUGAACUGUAAUGGCUUCGGAUACCCAAGGUACAAGUAAUGAAAAGAAGAUUCUGGUGGUCGAUGACGAUAGUGAACAAAAAUCAACCAAUCAUACCAAUCAUGUUCAACGAGGACAGUGGCUUCGAGCUGCAAUUCUUGGUGCAAAUGAUGGAUUACUAUCCACCACUGCACUCAUGCUCGGAAUUGGUGCGGUGAAGGAGGAUCGAUUGUCCAUAAUUCUCGCUGGACUUGCUGGUGCUGUUGCAGGAGCUUGCAGUAUGGCUGUUGGGGAAUUUGUAUCUGUUUCUACUCAAAGAGAUAUUGAAGAACUGGGUGGAACUCUGAAUCAAACUAAGUUAUCAAAUCAGGAUCAAGAAACACAAGAGAAUGUUAGUCAUACUAAUUUGGAUGUUUCACCAUCGACUUUGACAUACGGGAGGAGCUUACAAUCUUUCUCACCAGGGAAAUCUCCGUUGACGAGGGUAAUUUCGGAGGAUGGCAUAGUAAAAUUGAAGAAACAUGAUGAGAUCAUUGUGGCACUACCAAAUCCAGCACUAGCUGCCUCAGCAUCAGCUUUCGCAUUCUUAUUUGGUUCAUUAUUUCCACUGGCAACAGCUUUUCUAAUUAAAGAGGACAAAGCGAGAACCAUUUUGAUUCCUAUUGUUACAUCAAUAGCUCUAGCACUAUUUGGGGGGAUUGGGGCUCGUCUUGGUGGAUCGUCAGUCAGCAUUUCUGCUUUCAGAGUUGUUGUUGGAGGGUGGAUAGCCAUGGGUAUAAGUUAUGGAAUACUAAAACCUUUCCAUGUUGAAGAUCAAGAAACAGAUUCAACUUAGCACUGCUAUGAGCAGGCGUCUAUUUCAUAGAAGAAAAACAAGUUACUCAUGCCUUCAAUCAUGCUUGUGUUCUAUAUCAUAAGGAACGGAAAACUUUGAUCUUACCUCACAAAAUUUAUAGUCCUUGCUUAGUACUUACUCUGUUUCUGCAAAAAUGAUAGUAACACUUUUGCACAAACAGAGGGAGAAUACAUUUGGUGUCAGAACUGAACCGUCAUCUUAUCAUGUACUAUAAGUAUCGUCCUAGUGUUUGACCAGCAUUUUGUAUUCUGCUACUUUCGA